AUGGAGAUAGAUAAAGACAGCCGAACUCUUCAUCUCUCCUCAUCUCCUCAUCUCUCCACUCUCCUCCCGUCGCACCCAGCCACCCACCAAUCCCGCUGCCGCAAACAAAAAGUCGGAGAAGGAGGAAGGACGGCGACUCGCGAAGAGGAAGGACGGCGGCGACUCUUCAUCUUCUCCGACCUAUCUUCCUUCCACUGGUCACUAAUCCUCCCGCCGCAUCCACCAAUCCGUAGAUCUAGAAUCCAGAUCCCCACCUUCUUUGUCGCCAUCCCUGCUUGGCUGCAUCUCCAGACCAGAUCGAAGAGAUCUGACUUCUUCCCUCCAACAAUCGCCGCCGGAGUAGUAUGGAAGAAGACAUUGCCACCUGGGUUUUUUAGUUUCUGGGUUUUUGUUCUUGGGGGUGCGGCAAGGAAAGGAAGAGGAAGGGGGCGAGCGGCGGAGCAGAGGAUCGGCGGACUGGAGAUCCGUGGUUGCGGGGCGAGUGGAGGAGAGGAAGGGCGGAGUGGCGGGUUCGUUGGAAGGAGAGGACGGGCGUAG